AUGCGGAUUCUCGAAGUGAUGAAUGAUUUCCGGACACUGCAGAUUCACAUCUCAUCACUCAUCACACGCAGCGAGGCAAACCCUCCAGACCAGCAAUCAUACUAUCUCGACGGUUAUGUGGUGCUCAGACAGUGUGCGGCCGAGUCACAGGCCAUCCUGGCCACGCAUUUCAACCCGGGAAACAUCGGUCUGCAAGCUGGACAGGUGGACACGUCCGAAGUGACAAAGGCAGCCAUGCAAAGAAUCAUUCUAGACGCCUGCACCAGAAGGCUUCAGGCGCACAAGAUCUAUCUCCGUGCAUCCGCUGCAAUGAGAUGGGUUCAAAUGCGUAUUCAACUGUUGACGGGCGAAAAGCCCGGUCCACGGCAUAUGACCAGUCUACAAGCGAUUGAUCAAAGACUACGGCAGGAACUCAACGACAUCACCGACGAGCACGUUGUCAGCGAUUUGCGCCGAGCUGAUCGUCGGAAGGGGUAUUGGAUUGACGAGGAUCCUUCCUUGGAACGCAUGCUGGCAUGGAUUCGACUGCAGCGGUGA